AUGGGAGUGCUGGUCAAGGUGAGAGCGUGCUGGGAUUUCUGGGAGCUGCAAUUAAGUGCGUGCGACGUGACCCCAGAUGCUUCAAUUGGGCCUAUUACGGACUUUGUGGCCGGAACUGUAGGCGGGAUGGUUGGGCUUGCUGUUGGUUUCCCAUUUGACACCAUCAAAGUUCGAUUACAGCACCCAGAGACUAGAAUCGUUACCGCAACGGUCAUGCGCGCUCAGAUGUCUGAUCCCAAUGCCGAGCCCACUCUCACCCAAAUCACGAUCGCUGGAGCUGGCACGGGUAUCUUGGCCUCGCUCAUCGCCACGCCGACCGAGCUGAUCAAGAUCCGCCAACAGGCUAAUACGAGCGCGGGCGCGCAGCCAUCCGCCUGGGUAGUUGCCAAGGAUUUGUGGAGAAGUCAUGGCGUAAGAGGCUUAUAUCGGGGCGUUUCCAGCACUGCAAUGCGAGACAUGAGUUAUGGGGCAUACUUUGCGACUUAUGAAGGGAUGCAACGGUUAUUAGCUCCUGCUCGCCUGAGAGAAAGGCCCUCCGACGUGGAGGUGAAAGCUGAAAAGGAGAUGGAGGCGCAACGCUGGGCUCGAUUAAUGGUUUCAGGAGGUGUUGCCGGAAUUGCUGGAUGGAUAUUUACCUUCCAUCUGGAUUCGAUCAAGACUCGUGUCCAAAGUAUUGAUUACUCACCUCCAAUCCACCAUCCGGCAUCAUCUUCUGCAGCUUUGGGUAAUUUUGCUCCUGGUGCGCCCGCUAUGGCCUUGGCUCGAGGAUAUUCGGCAAGUGCGUCGAGCCCGUAUAGGACAACGUGGAGCACAGCGGUAUACAUGUACCGAGUUGAAGGAUUGAGGUCAUUCUGGAAGGGACUCUGGCCAACAAUUGUUAGGGCUGUACCGGUCAACAUGGCUACCUUUGGGGCAUACGAAAUCAGUGAGCGGGACGAUGGUCAGCAGGUCCUAUCUCUCAGCGUAGUACCAGUUCCACUAUAUCGGCCAAAAAUGUUCACCUCUACCGCCGCUGCUGUUUUCGCGCUCUCCGCUUUGGCUUCUGCCGCUCCCGCCCCCAUUCCUAUCACCAAGUAUGCGGGCCCAGCCAAGGCAGACUCCUAUAUCAUCAAGCUCAAAGACGGUUGGGACAAUGCCAACGUCUUCAAUGGUUACGCUGGUGUUCUGAAGGGCUCUGUGUUGGAUUUCAUCCGCAGGUCGUCCGAUGUUGAGUACAUUGAAACCGAUACUAUUUGGCAACUUGACUACGAGGGAGCUUCAGCUGAGGAGUUUGAGGAACGCUCUGAGCCUGCCUCUGCCGCUGGUCUUGCUGCCCGGGCAACUGGAGGUUUUGAUAUUUACUCGGAAACAAUAAAGAUACCGCUGGUACUGCCGUUGGACGACCUACGGUAUCGCCACUCAGGCUACCAUGUCGCUGUCAAGGUCUGCUCCGACUCCGGAUCGUGUGCUACCUCGGAUAUUGUAUCUGGAGUAAACUACGCAUAUGCCCAAUUCAAGGCCAACGGAAAGCCUUCAGUUGCCACCAUGUCCCUCGGCGGAAGUGCAUCCACAUCAAUUGAUAGCGCCGUCUCGACUGCCAUCAGUGGUGGUCUCCACUUCACCAUUGCCGCCGGGAAUAGCAAUGUCAAUGCUGCCAACACAUCUCCUGCUCGUGUCGCGGCUGCUAACACUAUUGGUGCCAUCGAUAGUAAAACGCCAAGGCUCGUUCUCUAA